AUGGAUCAAAAGAGCUCAACCACUCACGUCGAGAGCACUCCUAAACGUACAAGAUGGGAUUCUACGCCCAUGGUCAGGCAUGAGCUCAAUGCAGACCCGCGCAGAAUAAACGAUCGGACACCUGCCAGACCAAAUGCCGAACAAACUCCAAGCAGGUUUUCUGAAACACCGCUGAGGAGGGGUGAAGCUCAGACUCCACAACGUUGGGACGACAGAACUCCUAUGAUUGGUGGUGCAACUCCCAGCUAUGCAGGAGCCACCCCAACUCCCAAUAACCUCAAAACUCCAGAUAUCCUCAACCUCACUAGCAAGAAAUUGGAGUUGCUGCGAUGGGAGAAGGAACUCUAGGAGAGGAACAGACCCUAUUCUGAGUAAGAACUUGACAUGCUUUUGCCUGGAAAUGAUGAUGGAUACGAAAUACUGAAGCCGCCAGAGAACUAUGCCCCACAAACAAAGGCAGGUCAGGCUCCACUUUCCCAGCAGUAUAGGAUGCCUGAAGCGGAAGUUGCCUCACAGCCCAACCUGGAGGCAGCCACAGGUGAUUUACCACCCAUUAAGCCUGAAGAGUAUAAGUUUUUUGCACCUCUAUUGGAGAAUGUAAAGGAGGACUAAUUGUCAAUCGAGGAGCAAAAGGAGCGCAAAAUAUUGGCUAUGCUACUUAAGAUAAAGGAUGGAAACCCUCAAAUGAGAAAAUCUGCCUUGAGACAGAUCACAAUCAACGCAAGAGAGUUCGGAGCCGGGCCUCUUUUCAACCACAUCCUACCACUUCUGAUGGCUACUUCAGAUCCACAGCAACGCCAUUUGCUUGUGAAGGUCAUUGACCGCAUUCUCUAUAAAUUGGAUGACUUGGUGAGACCCUUUGUGAAGAAGAUUUUGGUAGUCAUCUUGCCCAUGCUUAUUGAUGAGGACUACUACGCUCGUGUGGAGGGCAGGGAGAUCAUCAGCAACCUUGCGAAAGCUGCAGGCUUGCCCACCAUGAUCACAAAUAUGCGUGCUGAUCUCGACCACAAGGACGAGUUUGUCAGAAACACAGCUGCUCGUGCCUUUGCAGUUGUCGCCAGCGCUCUUGGAAUCGGUGCUUUAUUGCCGUUCUUGAAAGCAGUCUGCUUGAGUAAGAAGAGCUGGUAGGCAAGGUAUACUGGAAUCAAAAUCGUUCAGCAGGUCGCUAUUCUUAUGGGUUGCUCUAUUCUUCCUUAUCUUAAACAACUUGUGGAAAUCAUCAAGCAUGGUCUAGAUGAUGUUCAAAAGAAAGUCAAGUCAAUGACUGCUCUUUCGAUCGCUGCGUUGGCUGAAGCAGCAGCACCUUACGGAAUUGAAGCCUUCAACAGCGUCCUCUAGCCUUUGUGGAAAAGGAUUACCUAAGUUCGCGAUAAAUCGCUUGGAGCUUUCCUAAAGGCAGUUGGUUUCAUCUUCCCUCUCAUGGAAGCUCGUCAUGCUUCUCAAUAUAUCCGAACAAUCAUGCCUACCCUAAUUAGGCAAUUCGAAUCACCUGACGAGUAGAUGCGCAAGAUUAUCUUGAAAGUCUUGAAGCAGGUGGUAGGAUGUUCAGGUGUAGAGGCAACCUACUUGCGUUAACAUGUUUUGGAGCCUUAUUUCCGUUGCUUCUGGGUGCGCAGAAUGGCUUCUGAAAAGAGAAACUACAAGCAACUCAUCGAAACCACAGUGGAAAUCGCUACUCGGGUGGGUGUGAUCUAAAUUGUAGAGAAGCUUCACCUUGGUCUGAAAGACUAAAACGAGAGCUAUCGUAAAAUGGUUAUGGAGGGCAUCACAAAGAUCCUAUAGACCGAACACGGCACAGAGAUUGGUUAUGCUGAGGAAAAUUUCAGAAACUAGUUGGUUGAUUGUGUUCUUGCUGCUUUCCACGAGCAAACAACUGAUGACUCUACCAUCUUAGAUGGCUUUGGAGCAGUUAUCAAUGCUUUGGGACUUCGUGCGAAGCCUUACUUUGUUCAAAUUGUGGGAACAAUCCAUUGGAGACUCAACCACAAGAAUAUUCGAGUUAGACAGCAAGCUGCUGAUCUGGUCUCAAAAAUUGCCAAAUCCAUGCGCAUUUGUGGAGAGGAAAGUAGGUUGGGUAGAUUGGGCCUGAACUUGAACGAAUGCCUUCGUGAAGAGUAUCCUGAGGUUCUCGGAAGUAUCCUCGGAGCACUCAAAAGCAUCGUGGUAGAGGUGGGUAUGGCGAAGAUGACCCCGCCUAUCCGCGAUCUACUUCCACGUCUCACUCCUAUUCUCAAGAAUCGUAACGAAAAGGUUCAAUAAAACUGUAUUGAACUAGUGGGUAGGAUUGCAGACAAAGGUGCAGAUGAGGUUUCACCUAAGGAAUGGAUCAGAAUCUGCUUCGACUUACUGGAGAUGCUCAAGGCUCACAAGAAGAACAUUAGGAGAGCCACCAUUACCACAUUUGGGUAUAUUGCUCGUGCUAUUGGUCCUCAAGACGUUUUAGUCACUCUACUAAACAACUUGAAAGUUCAAGAAAGACAGCUGAGAGUCUGCACAACUGUUGCGAUUGCAAUCGUUUCAGAAUCUUGUGGCCCAUUUACUGUUCUGCCUGCUCUUAUGAACGAAUAUCGUGUGCAGGAACUGAAUGUGCAAAACGGUGUGCUGAAGAGUUUGGCGUUCAUGUUUGAAUACAUCGGCGAAAUGGCAAAAGACUACAUUUACGCUGUGACUCCUCUAUUGGAGGAUGCUCUUACUGAUCGUGAUCUUGUCCAUAGACAAACUGCAGCUGCAGCCAUCAAGCACUUAGCUCUAGGAGUGCAAGGCUUUGGCUGUGAGGAUGCUUUGAUUCACUUGCUGAACUUUAUCUGGCCAAACAUCUUCGAAACCAGUCCCCAUGUGAUUAACUCCGUCUUAGAGGCUAUCGAAGGCAUCCGCUGUAGUGUAGGACCAGGAAUCAUCCUGAUGUACACUCUGCAGGGACUCUGGCAUCCAGCACGAAGAGUGAGGCAGAUCUUCUGGAGAAUCUACAACAUGAUCUACGUGGGAAGCCAGGACAGCCUUGUACCUUUCCAGCCGGAGCUACGGGACGAUAACUUUAACCAUUACGGACAGCCAGAACUCAUGAUGAGUUUAUGA